AUUGACGUGUAAACAAAAAAAUGUAACUUGUUUCUAAACAAGAAAAAGUGUUCUUUCAAUAUAUUCAGGAUGAUUUCUGACUUAAUUUUAUUCGGAACACUUCUUGUCAAUGCAGGAGCAAUACUCAACUUCAAACUUAAGAAAUCUGCAGAAGAAGGAUUUGGAAUGGUCAAUGUUACCACUGGAGAUAAAAUACGUGAAUUUCUUUUGAGUCUUCGUCAUCUGAGAAUAUUUAUAGCUCUGUGGAAUAUAUUUGUUAUGUUCUUAAUGUUAACGUUUUUUGGUCACUGAUAGAGGAACUAAAAAAUGUGUGUAAAUAGUCAUAUUAUGUAUAAUAGAUAUCAUUCAUCUACUAUUUUCACCUGUAUUGAAUCCUGAAUUGGUGAUCAGCAUAGCUGACGUUACAGCCAAUUCACUUAUAUCUAACCAGGGUCAUUAAAAAGUAAAAACCAAUGCAAGUAUAUGUAUACUAUAUUAUGGCCUACAGAAUAUGACAGCAAUACUGGCAAUCCAAUAGCAUACAAUAAAAUAUCACGUGUAGUGGAUUUCUAACUGCUUGGAGAGUUAAGUUAUGAAUCAUCAAUUCAAAAAAAUGUUUAAAUUUUGGAAAGGAUCUACUAAUUGCGUCAACAGGGCAACAGGGCAAAUGGUUUCUGCAAGUUGAAUAUUUUUAUAUGUAUUCUAUAUUAUUAAAUGGGUAUAGACACUAUUAGCUGGUCAUUAUAAUGUAUGUAUUUAUAAAAUAAACUAAUAAAGUCCUUU